UUUUCACUUGGGACAAAAAUCUUUAGAAAGGGAUAGUGGUGACAGAGGACAGUAUGACCAUGUUUGCAGCUGUCAGGAAAGAGAGUGACUCUACUCUCAUUUGAAAUGGGGAGGAAGGGAAUCUUUUUGGAGAGUGACGAAAUGUUGAGCAUGUUGGACAGAGCUAGGUGAGAGAGUAGACAGAUGUAUGGUAGUUUCUGAACUACUACUAGGAGGAGCACAUCCUGAACAAAGCUCCAGCUGCCCUAUCCUAGUUACAGUUCUAUAAACAAAAGUAUCUGUGGGCUACGCUGGAACUUACUAGUAUAACUUGUGUUUCUACUUGACCUGUUUCUCUCCUUAAAUUGUUUUGCCCUAGAUCUGGGGAGAUGAUUCACAGAGAAAAUGACUAAUAGAAAUAUAGCAAUUUCUGAUCAUCUUUGCAUGAGAAAUUCAUUAACCUCCUCUCUCUUGAUUCAAGUAUAAAAUCAUAAAUCAGGCUAGGGUAAUGGAAUAUGAUCUGUCUCAUUCUUUCUUACCCUAUUUCUACUGCUAAAAGCCUGUUGAUUGUACCUUUGCAUAUUUUCUCUUCCAUAACAUGAGGGUCUGCCAGCCUCACCAGUCUCUACCUUCUUAGUCCAUCCUCUACUCAGCUAUAAAAUUUGUCAUCCUAAAGUUCAAGUUUUACCAUAUUAUUCCAUGUCCCUCAACCUCCAUUCAUUGGCACCCUCCAGGGUCAAAUACUAAAUCUUCUAUUUAGCUUUUAAAGUCAUUUAUGCCUUGGCUCCUUCCUACCUUUCCAGUCUUCUUAACACCACUUCUUUCUAUGAUCCAUAUCUCUAAUCUCCUUACUAUUCCCUGAAAAACAUUCCAUCUUCCAACUUUGUCUUUUUUUCCUCUGGCUGCUCCUGUUGCCUGGAAUUCUCUCCCUCCUCAUUUCUGCCUCCUGACUUCCUUCACUGUGCAUCUAAAAUCUCACCUUUUACAAACCGCUUUUCUCACUUCAUAUAGGCCCUCUCUUAGAAGAUGAAGAAUAGUCUUUUCUGCUUUCUCCCUGGAAGCUCCCUGGACCAAUGAAAUCACAGGUCAAAAGAACAACAAUGAAAAAGCACUUUGUGUAUUUAUUUAGAAAUGUAAAUGUCAUUUCUCCCAGUAGAAUUUAAGGUCCUUGAGGUUCAGAAAUGCUAUUUUGUUUUAUCGUUGUAGCCCCACCAUGUAGCAGAGUGCUUGGCAUUUAGUCAUAAUGACUGACUGAUAUUUUGUAGGAUAUUCCAUUUUGUGCCCGAGUUUAAUUUUGGAUCCUUUGAGAUCUUUGAGAGAAUUAAAAUGGUUACUACUGCUUAAAGUGGGUAUCCGUGGGUAUCUCUAAGUAUUGUUGUGAGGCUCAAAUGAGAUAUUUAUAAACUUAGCACAAUGCCUGGCACAUAGUAGGUAAUAUAAAAAUGAUUAUUCCUUUCCUUUCCCCUACUUGGCUAUGGGAGAUCCAACCAGGAUUUUUGAUGCUGCGCCCCCUCUGGUGGCCAGCAAUUAUGCUGCAGUCUCUUAAGAGGGCAGUUGAAUUUUUGUUUGUUUUUCGUGGACUUGAAAAAGUGAUUUACACAGCUGGGUUCUUGUUUCAAAUAUAGAUGAACACCUGUUGGCCAAUUCAGUCAAUUUAUCAGUCAACAAGCAUUUAUUAAGCACUUAUAUGCCAAAAACUGUGUUAAAAUAUUAUACUCACUCACAGGAAAAUGAAGAGGCAUUGUCCUUUUUAUAGGCUUACAGAAGGCAUCAUUGACCAAUAGAACCAAAGGAUAUCAGUGCUACAUAAGGUACUGGGAUUAUAGAAAUCUAAGCUUCCAUACUAUGAUUCCAAUCCUUUCUAGCACCACGACUUUCUGAGACCUCAUCCACCCUCCCCCUAACCUUCAAGUUGGAAUACUUCUGGACUCUAGAACCCAAGAAUAAAGAGACUAGAGUCCAAGUUGACAGAAUAUUCCAAAGUGCCUCCCUCCACAGAAAAUCAGUGUCUUCUAUUCCAAACAAGGUUCUCAUUCUGGUCUUCAUGUGGGUCCCAAUGCUUGGCUAUCUUUUCUUAAGCACCUCCCAAGCCUGUAUCUUCUGCCGCCUCCCUUCUAGAGACCUUUCUGCACGCCUGGCUCAUCUCUGUGAACAGAUAAGUUCAGAAUGGGGAGACUGUAAAACCAGCUGGAACUUCUCAACCUUUGCCUUAGAUGAAGUAUCCAUGGAUAGAAUUACAGAAAAAACACACAGAGUAAUGACAGUCCUUGAAAUCAAAGGUUACCUGUUUUCCCUUCCCACCUAUUGGCAAUGGCUUCAGAAAUCUAAACUUCCUGAAUAUAUGAGGCAAGCUCUGUGCCCUCCUGCCUGCCGUGGAAGGACUACCCUGUACAACUGCUCCACAUGCAAAGCUGUUGAGGUUCAUUGCUGGGCUCUCAAGCGUUGUAACCCAGGAAAACAGGACCUAAGGGAAGCCAAGAUUCUGCUCCUGUUUUUUUCAGCUGCCUCAUUAAUUCUAGGUUUCAUCAGCUGUAUAAUAGAAUCCAGAUCUCUUCUUGCAGAGCAACACUCUUGAAGAGAUUCCAAGACCUUCCCCCCCAGUUUCCACCUUCAAAGUCUUCUUGUUGACUCAGUUCUGGCAAUUCACAGCAAGCAUUCAGCACUCCCAACCUCCAAGGACCAUUCACAUACCUAACUUCCCACCCCUUCAAAUACCACCACCACCACACUAGUCAGUGACUCAAAUAAAUAUAGAUGAAAUUAGAAUCCCCCAUACUAUUCCAUCAGAUCCUCUUUCAUCUAGGCCCUGAAAAAUCAACUGAGAACAUUGGCCCUGUAGUUAUCUCCAGACUUUUUUUUUUCUCAUCAGCUGUGGAUUUUGUGGAUUCUCAGAGAGUCAACCUUCUUUGAAAAUUCAAUCAUUUUUGGAAAACUCUCCCUGCCACAUUAGAAAAUCCAUGCUGGAGGUGACAUUAUCUUGUUUUAAAACUAACAAGGUAUGUUUAAUUAUGGAUGUUUGUAUACUCAUGUACAUUCUGACUCAGGGUGAGACACCCCUCAUCUUCCCUGGCAUUUUUCCUAUUGUCACUAAAUAGCUUUAUUUUAAUCCCUUCACAUAUUCUGGUCUUUAAUCUAUAAUACUGGGAAAUGACAGUUCUGAAGAGUUUUCAUUUUCAUAAGAGAUAGUCUUUAUCCAUGGGGAAAUCCCUGCUACAUGAAGGAAAUUGAAUCUCACCUUUGAGGAGUGUAAAUGACAAGAUGUUUGAAUAUGAAAUCAUGGGGUUUUCCCUUAAAACUACAAUAGUUACCAUUCUUGGGUUCCUAUAUUUGACAGUGGCACCCUCAUUUUGAAAUCUACAUCUUAGUCAACCUUGUUACUUUCUUUUCCCUUCUCUUCUGAUCACAUCACCAAGUUCUAUUGAUUUUCCUCAUGUUUCUCAAGUCCAGUUCAGUCCCUCCUUUCCAGUUCUAUUGCUACCAGACAAGUUUAGGUCUAUAUUACUUUUUAUCUGGAUUAUUGCAACUGGUCUCAUCUCCCUGUCUCCAGUUUCUUCCUUCUAUACAUACUACUGUCACAGUAAUCUUCCUAAAAAAGUUUAAUCAAGACACUCAUCUCUCUGCUCAAAAUCCUUGAUCCCUAUAUAAGCCUAAUCUAGCUUUCAAGCAUUUGACAGUCUGUUUCUCAAAUAUAUUUCUAUUCUUAGUUAUACUAUACCCAAUCAUUUCCUUAAUUAUAUUUUGCCUUUUCCCCCCUUUGUAACUUGUACAUGCUAGAAUAGGAAACUCUACAUUUGUAUUAGCUGAAAAUUUUCCCUUUCUUUAAACUGACAUGUCAUCUCCUCCAUAAAGUCUUUUCUUAUCUCUUCCCCCACCCAUAAGUGAUAUUGCUCUCUCCUCAAAUAUCACACCAUCAGUUUGGAUUUCAACCAUUAUUUCCUUUGUAAAGUUGUCUGCCUUCCUAGGCUUUUAAUGCCUAGAAGACAGAGAACCUGGUCAUUUAAAAAAAAAUUAUAUCCCCUGAACCUUGCCUGAGGUCUUGCAUAUCUCAGGUCUUUAAAUUUUCUUGAAUUGAGUUCAGAAUCAUCUAACAUAUAGCCCUCCUAUUUUUCUAUUGUUGUCUCCUACUAUAUCUGCUGAAUUGGUUUAUUCCCUUUUCCUAUCAUUACUGUAUCUAGGCCUUUCCUCCUACUAUUUUUACUUCUAGACUUAUGCUCAUUUAUAUCUUUUCCUCAUUCCUCUAUGUUGCUAAAUCUUUUUUAAAAAUAAUAAAAUUAAUAUUAAUAUUCCAUUUUUAUAUAAGAUAUAUUUUCAAAAUACAUGCAAAGAUAGUUUUCAACAUUUAUCCUUGCAAAACCUUGUGUUCCAAUUUUUUCUCCCUUCUUUCCCUUAGAUAGCAAGUAAUCCAUAUGUUAAACAUGUAUAAUUCUUCUAAAUAUAUUUCCACAUUUAUCCUGCUGCACAAGAAAAAUCAGAUCAAAAAGGAGAAAAAAUGAGAAAGAAAAUAAAAAACAAGCUAACAACAUAUCUUGCUAAAUCUUAACCUUCCUGGUAGCCCUAGUUCAGAGUUCUCCCAUUCCAUCUUAUCUGUGUAAGCUCCUGAUGUAUAAUUCUUUAAUCAAAUAGCUCUUAAAUAUAGUAAAAUAGACUAUGCCCUCCUUUAUGUGUAUGUCCUCUCCCUUUCCCCCAGCCCCAAUAAGCUAGAAGUCCUUUAUGGGCAAGGGGGAAGGCUCUACAACUUUUCUUUGUACUUCUCUAGAUCUCUAGUGUCAGAAUAUUAAGUACCUCACCUGAGUACUAUCAUUCCAUCUGGGAUACUCAUACCAGAGGCAACUAGAAGGCUCAGUGGAUAGAAUGCUGGGUUCAGAAGGAAGUCCUGAGUUUACAUUGGUUCACACUACUUCUGUGACUCUGCACAAGUCAUUUAACUUCUGUCUGCCUUAAUCCACUAGAGAAGGAAAUGGCAAACCACUCCAGUAUAGUCCAUGGACAAUAUUGUUGUGCUAUGGUCCAAGAGGUCAUUAAGGAUUCUGACAUAGCUGACCAACAUGCCAUCUGGAGAUGAUCAGGCCUCAGACAUUCCCUCUCCUUUUAAUUUAAAUUCAACCAUUAUAAAGUGUUUACAUAUGCAAGACACUCUGCUAAAAUGCUGAAAAUACAAAAACAAAGAAAAAUAGUCCCUGACUUCAAGGAAUUUACAAUCUAGUUGACAGUGGCACCCUCAUCUCAGGGUCAGCAUUGUUCCUUUCCUUUCCUGAUCUCAUCAAUAAGUUCUUUUGAUUCUUCUAAUGUUUCUCAAAUCCAGUUUAGCCUAUCCUCUUCCCUGGGCCUAUGUUAUUUUUUAAAAUGGAUUAUUUUACCUAGAGAGUGAAGAUUCAACAUUUACAAAGAUGAGUAAUCAUACAAUUCAAUUUAAGGAGUACCAGAAUUCCAAUUAAGAGAAUUGGGACAAAAAUCACAGAUGCAUCGACCUACCUGAGCUUUGAAGGAAGCUAAGGUAGUAAGGAUGAGGAUGGAGUCUGCUAAAUUACCUGCAUAAAGACUAGAAACAGAAGUUAGAAUGUGCAUAUAGUAUGCAGUGAGGAUUACUCACUGGAAAGAUACAUGGGAACCAGAAAGUGAGGAUCUUUAAAUGUUGGUUCUACCCUUGAGAGUGGUCUUGUGUGUCAUCCUAAUUCAAGGAUUCUAAAUUUGAGAAUUCCAUGACCAGACCUUCUAGAGAGACAAGGGGAUUUCCUCCCACAGUGUGGUCCUUGGAGAAAGAAGAGAAUAAUCCAAAUAGUUCCACAGCACUGUAGCCAAUGACAUUUAGGAAAGAAAUUGUUUGUUCAGCAGUCCCAAAAUAUGUUUGCCUUAUGAAGGGGAUUCCAAACCACAGGGAGACACUAUGAGAGUGGGAGGGAUAAGAAUCUAACCAGAAUGUCAAACAGUUGCCCUGAUGUCAAUUCCAAGUUCAGUUCCUUUCUUAAAAGAUGCUUUAUGUAUUUCCAUAUCGAGCUACUGACUUCCAUGAGUCCUCUGUUUGCUUCACAGACAAAUGUCUGUAUUGUGUUACCUAUGUGUUACCUGUUUUGAGUGUCCACACGGACACUCUAGAUAUGGUUGGAAGAGAGACAUGAACAUACAUCUCUAGGGUCCCCAUCCACUCUUCUCCAAAGAAGAUUCUGAUUAUUGCCAGGAAGAGUAGCAGAAGGUUUGGGCCAGAGGCUGGCUACUUUGUUCUCAUCAAAAAGAAGGAGUAUUAAGAUUAUAUCUAGCUGCCUCUAAAAUUGGAAAUGAUUUUUAAGUUUAACAUGAGCUGACUACUAUUCAUUAAUGGGAAAGGAAUACCCCAAAUUAUAUAUCCAAGGUUUGAUUCACUUUGCACCAAAUGCCAGUUUCACAAAGGAAUGUAGAAAAUAGCAAAUAAAUUAAUGUAAGUCAACAGUUUACAGAAACCAGGGAAGAUAUAAAGAUGAAAAUAUACCAGACAAUACAUAGAGUAAAUGAAUUCUUCCAUUGAGAAUGAGAUAUUUCAGUUCAUCCAAGAGACUGAAUCCCCAGAGCUCACCCAAAAGAAAAUUAGCCUGGGUUAGGGACAUGCUUAGAUUGCUAGUUCCUCUACAUGUCUUCAUCCUAGAGUCUUUCUCUCCCUUAAGGAACCUAAAGAGAAGAUGGAAAUUUGCAUCUUUCUGGAAGAUGGGAGUCAGAAGACCAAGAUUUAUCUUUUCCCACACUUAUCCCAACUUUUCUCCUUAGGUAGUCAUGGAGCAUUUAGUAAUUGGUCUUUACCAAUGAGGAUUUUAUAAGUUGAAACUUGAGUUGCAUGUGUUUUUUUUUUUAUUCCUGUUUAGCAAUCAUUGGAACUGAAUAAAUGAAUAAAAAAGCAUUUAAGUGUUCUUUCAGCAAGGUUAGAUAUGCCUAAAUUACAUAAGGAUGUCUCUGCCUCCAAAUAAAUGUGUCCUGUAAACUCCUUGGAUUCAUUGGAAAAUAUCAAAACCAAUCAAUACAGCUGCCCAAAUAAUCCUCUUAACCUGGUCACCACUUGACAUAAAGAUUUUAAGAAGCCUUCAGAUGUCAAUAAGAUAAAAGGCUAUCUCUUUAAUCUGGACUGAUUCCACUAUUUCAUUCUAUUUUUAUAACUGGGGCAGCUAACUGGCAUAGUGGAUAGAGUACCCAGCCUUAAGAAAACAUCUCCCUGAGUUCAAAUCUGGUCUCAAACACUAAGAUAGGCAAGUCACUUAACCCUAUUGCCUCAGUUUCCUCUAGCAUAAAAUGAGCUAGAGGAGGAAAUGGCAAACCAUUCCAGUAUCUCUGCCAAGAAAACACCAAAUGGAGUAAAGAGUUGGAUACAAAUGAAAAACAAAUUUUUAUAAUUAACUUUAUAAACCAGGAAAACAGGACAGUUUGCUAUCUCUCCUGUCUCUGGUUUCUCAUUGCCUACAAUGCAUUCUAUUCAAGAUCCAGCUUAGUUGCAUUCCUUAAUCACUUCUUCAUAUUUCCAAUAGCACUUAGAAUUAAUCCUUCUUUGCCUUUAUAAUAACUUACAUAUAACAGAGUUUAAGGAUGUGAUCCCCUUUACCACCAAUUCUCCCUUCUGCCCAUACACAUGUAAUUUAGUUGGGUGGGUUACUUUAACUGCUACUGGAUUAUUUCCUUAUUCUCUUUUAGAAUUCUAAAACAAGAGGUAUUUCCUAAUAUUCUUCCAUAAAUUAAUAGAAAUAUACAAUCUUACUAGUUAGAAGGGUUACAGAAAGUGGUUGGCAGUGGGGUACCCUCAAAAUGAGGGCUGCCAAACUGUAUCUGUGGAUCCCUGUUAUAUAUUAACUUGGAAAACCACACAUUAAUAUUAUUUACAUUUUUUUUUGUUAAUUAUUUUCCCAUUACAUUUUAACUUUGUUUAACUGAACACUAGUAUGUUGCAACCUGAGCAGGACUGUGAUUGACAUCUCUGCAUCACAGCACUUUUGAUGGAGCUGUGAAGUGGUCCAACCAUUCUUGGAAAAUAAUUUGGAACUUUGCCCAGAAAGUGGCCAACCAUUAUACUUUUUGACAAUCUGUAACUAUACCCUCCAAGAGAUCAAAGAAAGAGGAAAAGGUUCUCUGGCAAGGUUUUGGUGCAGAUAAAAAAACAAUGUGCAAUAAAUGAAAACAUCAUUGAGGAAAAAUGACAUGUAACUUGUUCCACUAAGUUAUUGACAGUGACUAUGCAUGAAUGAAGGAGUGAAAAAAAAUUAAGCAAUUUCUAUAUGUAAAGCUCUACCUUAAGAAUACCAAAAAAUAAAAUAAAAAAAUAAAAAUAAAAAAUAAAAAAAUAAAGAAUACCAAAAGAAAAUGAGAGAGUCUCUCCUCUCAAAUAGUUUAUAUUAAAAUGGAGAAAAGAUCACACAUAUAGGAUUUACAAGUCAGAUGAAAAGGUUUUAUCAUAUUUAAGGUUUAGCAGCAAACAAUAAUGCUUCUUUUAAAAUGUCAUUUCUACUAAUAAAGAUCUCUUUCUGAUACUGAA